AGGCCCAGAUCCCCAGCGCUGAUGCCGCAGAAUCCAUGCCCGGCAGCUACUUUGUCUACGGCAAGCGGCUGCACGAGCUGCUGCUGGUCUCGCCGCACUUCUGGCUCAGGGGGUCGCUGCAGAACGUGCUGCUGACCUUUUACCUGGCCCUCUGCCACGCCUGGUUCUUUGCCGCGUGCUUCUUCUUGCCGCCGCGCAUGAUCCGGCCCGAGCGGUAUUUGGAUGUCAAGGUGAAGGGCUCUGCGGCCAAGAGCGGCCAGAACUGCGAGUCGUUGCGCCAGUACCUGGACCGCAUAUGGCUGCCGCAGUACUAUGUGCUGUACUUUCUGCUGCCCAUCCUGAGCAUCAUCUGCAGCUGCUCCCACGCCGAGAUGCUGGACUUUCCCGCCAGCGACGUCACCAGCUUCAUGAAGGGGUCCUUUCUGCGCAAGACGUAUGUGGCCAAGGGGGGCAUCAACCGGGUGCAGGCGACGCUGGCGGGAGGCAUCAAGGACGUGAGGCUGCAGACUCGAGUGAACAAGGUCGAGCGAGUUGAUGGCGGUGUUUUGAUCCGCUAUGAAAGCCAGGACGAGAAACGCUCUGCUGAGGAGGUGUUUGAUCGCGUGGUGCUUGCCGUAUCGCCAAACGUUGCCGCAGCCAUCUUCAACCCGUCCAAGCCGCUGCUCGGCGUCAUCCCCACCGUGCCCGUCACAAGCACCGUGCUGGCGUCUCCAAACACCAAAAUCUCUCUGGUCGAUGAGAAGACGCACGUUCCGUCGGGCGGAUGCUCAUACCGGCGCGGCGAGGCCCAGAUCAUGGCCUUUCGGACCACCUUUUCCGACAGCAUCGUCCAGACCGAGUCGCUGCACUAUCUUGAAGGCGGGCUGGUGGUCCGGACGAGUCCCACGGGUGAUGUCGCUGAAGUAAAGGGCACGCUGGACACGGCGAGAUUCACCAGGACGCUGCGCACCACGGAGAGCAGAAACAUGGUGCGCAAGGCCAUGGAGGCGGGUGAUGCGGGAUGGGUGAAUGGCAAGGAUGAUGUGUGGAUCGUGGGCUCGUGGUGCUGGGAUGGCAUGGUGCUGUUGGAGGGAUGUGUCGUUUCUGCGAUGCGCGUGGCCAGGGAUCUCGGGGUGAAUGUGCCGUGGUAGGUGUUGUUUGAUUGUUGGCAUUGCGAUAUCCAAGUUUUCGAUUGUUAGAGUUUUGAUAGAAGCGGGCUGGUGGUUGUAAUAAGCAUUUGCAUCUUGAGCGCUCAGUCUUUGCAUCUAGAUAAUACACGAUACCUUAUUCCUCCAA